GCACAGCCCGGAGCUGACCACAGACGCCGGCCAGGCCGCGCGCCAAGGCCCCUGCUCACCAUUCGUGCUCACAAUUCGUGCCCCCUCUCUGUCUCUCCUUCUAGACGGAGUGCAGCGAGGCGGUGACGGUCCCGGACGACGAGCCACAGGAGCAGAGCGACGCCCGGACUCGCAGCUUCGUGAUCGGCUACGAGCAGGACGCGUUCCUCAAGGAUGGGGAGCCCUUCCAGAUCCUGGGUGGGUCGCUGCACUACUUCCGGGUGCCGAGGGCCUACUGGCGGGACCGCCUGCGGAAGAUGCGGCUCGCCGGGCUCAACACGGUCGCCACGUACGUGGAGUGGAGCCUGCACGAGCCCGUCCCCGGCCGGUACGACAUGAUGGGGGAGCAGAACCUGAUGCACUUCAUCCAGGUGGCCGAGGAGGAGGGGCUGCUCGUCAACCUGAGGGUCGGGCCGUACAUCUGCGCCGAGCGCGACAUGGGCGGCCUGCCCCCGUGGCUGCUCUCCAUCAAGCCGGACAUGAAGCUGAGGACCCGUGACCCAGUGUUCCAGCACUACGUGAGGCGAUGGCUGGACGUGCUGAUGCCGCUCGUGCGACCCCGACUCUACGGCAACGGCGGGCCCGUCAUCCUGGUGCAGGUCGAGAACGAGUACGGCAGCUACCCGGCCUGCGACCGCCAGUACCUCACGUGGCUUCGAGACCAAUUCCGGGGGCACGUCCGCGACGCCGCGGUCCUCUACACGACCGACGGCGCUGGUGACGGCUACCUCAAGUGCGGCAAGAUCCCGGGCGUCUACGCCACGGUAGACUUCGGCGCACAGAGUGACCCGGUGACCGCCUUCGCCACCCAGCGGAAGGUGGAGCCUCGCGGCCCGCUCAUGAACUCGGAGUACUACCCGGGCUGGCUGACGCACUGGAACGAGAAGGAGCAGAAGGUGGCCGCUGCUGACGUGGUUCGCAACCUUCGUUGGUUCCUUGAGAACCGCGCCAACUUCAACUUCUACGUCUUCAUGGGCGGCACCAACUUUGGUUUCACGGCGGGCGCCAACUUCGGCAAAGACUACAGUCCGCAGCUCACCUCUUACGACUACGACGCGCCCCUCAGCGAGGCCGGGGACCCCACUCCCAAGUACCUCGCCAUCCGGCAGGCCAUCGCCGAGUUCACAGGCAAGACCCACGGCCGCGCCCCCACGCCGGCGCGCAAGCUCGACUACGACAUCCCCAUCCUGCUCGAGAGGGUGGCCGACAUGCAGUCGCUUGCCGCCGGGCCCGCCGUGUCCUCGACCUUCCCCCCGGACUUCGAGCAGCUGUACCAGAACUACGGCUACAUCCUGUACGAGACGCGUAUCCCGACCAACUACGUGCCGAAGAGAGGCAAGAAGCCCCUCUUCAUGGCGCCCAAGAUCCGGGACAGAGGCGUCGUCUUCCUCGACCAGGCCCGGCAAGGCGUGCUCUGCCGCGCCAAGCCCCAGCGCACGGGGCUGCCGCUGUCCGCGGCCGCGCCGGGGCAGCUCCUGUCCGUGCUCGUGGAGAACCAGGGCCGGAUCAACUACGGCGGCCGCCUCAACGACACCAAGGGCCUCGGCAACGUCACCCUGGACGGGCUGCCGCUCCGGGGAUGGAGCAUGACGCAGCUGCCGCUCGACAAUCGCACGAAGAUCGAGUCGCUGACCAGGCGAGCGGGCCGGCGGGCGCUCCGGAGGCUGCACGCCAACGCGAGCCUGCCCAGGGACCCCAAACGCGACGUGCCCGGCGUCUACCUGGGACGCUUCGUCCUCCCGCCGACGGCCGACGACGUCAACCUCUGGGAGGGCGGCGCCGACGGUCAGCGGCGAGGCGUCUUUGACGACCGUGACGAAGGCCCGCCACUGCCCGACGCGUUUGUCGAUACCACCGGCUGGGGCAAGGGCGUGGUCUUCAUCAAUGGUUUCAACCUGGGGCGUUACUGGCCGUCCGCCGGGCCGCAGGUGACUCUGUACCUGCCGGGGUACCUGCUGCACCGCCACCCCACGCCCAACCACCUGGUCGUGGUGGAGACGGACCGCGCCCCCGAGAUCCCCACGCUGCAGCUGGUGCAGCAGCCCGUGCUCAACGCCCCCAUCUGCGCGCCCACCGCGGGUGGCACAGCCGUCGCCCCGGCAGGAGCCCCCGCCGCCGCGGCCGCGAGGCACUCGUGCUGCUGAGCGGAGGGCGCCAUGGCGACGCCGCCCAGGUUGUAAACGACGAGAGGUAGAGCGAAAGAGGCAGACAUGAAUGACAUGACUUGUUGGACAGCGAGGCGCGCCCCCCUGUGCCGCCGGCUGCACCUCCGGCGGGGGCGGGCGCGUCACUGGGCGUGGCACCGGGCGCCGUGAUGCCUGCGUCGCCGCCGGCGGCCAGCAGGAAGCCGUACCAGAUGCGCUUCCGCACGCGUCCGCGCUGGACGUGGUGCGACGUGCGGCGCCGGGAGGAGGACCAGGACCGCGCCCUGCAGCGCGGCCGGGGGGCGCAACCCAGAACGCAGCCCCAAGACCCGCGCGUCCUCAGGUGCGAGGGCCGCACGCCUGUCUGCCUGCGCUCGUGACCGCCGCGCCGCCGCGCUGACGCCUGCAUCCUGGCUCCAGGCCCACGCACCCAUACGGCGGCGUGCCUCGACGCAGCCUUCUGUCGGGGGCGGGCCGCGGGGGCGGCGGGGGUGGCUUCCACUGGUGGCGGAUGGUCCCUGCCCCCGCCCCAGCCCCCGCAUGCAGGCCCACGCUGCGGCCCGCGGGUAUCGAGUCGUGCGCCCCGGGCUCCUCGGGGAGGUACUCGGGGUCGCGCGUCCGCCCGGUCCCCGCCCCCCAGCGGCCGGCGGGGCUCCCCAGCUGCCGCCCCCCACGCGUCCGCCCCCGCCCGCCUCCGGGGGGCUCCAUCUCGGGGGUGGCGGCCAGCGUGGGGGCGGGCUCCGGCGCGCUCGUGGUGGACCACGCGGUCUGCGCCUCCAAGCACCGCCUGGCGGAGCGGCGCGCCGCCCCCACUCGCCCGCCUUUCGUACCCGCGGGCAUCCUGCACCGGCGGGCGCUGCCGGGCUCCCUGCCCAGCUUUGACAUGUUCUACG